AUGUGUUGUUCAUGCGCUUUACACUUUAAAUAUGCCAGUUCCUCAGCUAAUUUUAAGGCGUCUUAGUGGUACGUUCAUGUUUUCGUUGACUCGCCACUAAAAACCUGGAACCGUACUGAAAGAAGAAUCGAUCUCAAAGAAAUCAAUUGGUUUAUACUAUCACGUGAAAAAAGAUAUUGGCACUCCAUGGAUUUAACGUGUUCAAUCUGUCUCAAUGUCUUGUUCAAACCAGUUCAUCUCCCUUGUAACCACCAGUUUUGCAAAGACUGUAUAGUUCAGGCUUUAAACUUUACUGCAUAUCAAUGUCCCAUAUGCAGAUAUAGACUUUCAAACUGGUUACGGAGAGUAAAAGAUGUGGAUUCAGCAGUUUCAGCAAGUAAAGAAAAUGAAAUUCGAAGCCUUUUUCCAAAUUACUAUGACGCUAAAGAAUUGGGGAUGUCUCCUUCCUUAUCUGAAUCUGAAAUCAAAACCCUAAGAGACAAAAACACAGAUCCCGUACCAAACUGUUCUGCCGAACCAGGAGAUGUGCAUGAUUAUUACGUGAAAGAGAUUGAAAAGUACUCGCAUUUACGCUCAUUAGAAGAAAAAGACAAUGAAGAAGCUUCCUUAGCACUAGCUGCCCAGCUUCUAUAUGAAGAUGGUCUUAAUCUGUCAGCAGACGACAUUGGGUCCUUUGAGUCACAAGAUAUUGGCCGUCGUAUUGAAAGUAACCAUACAUCGAUUGCUUCUUCCUCUUCAAACAGUAAAUGCGUAAAGACAAGACGCAAAAGAAAGCAGAAUAAGAAAGCAGCGAAAAUAAGUGAGACAUUGUUGGAUUAUGCUGUCAGUACAGCUAACAUCGGAUUAAAACCAGAAGUUGCGAAUGAACAGAUUUUGUGUGAUGAGACAUUUGCUCGGAAGUUGCAGAAUAAGUAUUCAAAACUAUUGGGUAACUUGGAAGAUCAUAAACGUCCGAAAAGUAGGAAGUGA